CCAAGCGGCGUCGAUUUGCUUCAUUUUCGUUGCAGUCGAGUUUAUGCGAAAAAAUCUGGCAUUUAAUUGAUUCUAAUAUUUACAUAGCUCUACUAAAACACUACAUUAUCUCAUCAAGUGAAAGUUCACCAAAAUGACGGCCGUAAUUGAUCCGGAACUGCGUACCAAAAUCGACACCGCUUGCCGAACGGCGGAGGAAUUCACAAAGUUGUACUACGAAAGCGUCGACAAGAAGCGCCACCAGAUGGCUCGGCUCUACAUGGACAACGGUUUGCUGGUGUGGAACGGAAAUGGUGCCACCGGUAAGGACAACAUCCAGAAGUAUUUCCAGGAGCUGCCCCGUUCGGAGCACAUUAUGAACACCCUGGACGCGCAACCGAUCAUCGACGACGCCGUCUCGUCGCAGCUGACGUUCAUCAUUCAGGUGUCGGGGACGGUCAAGUUUCAGGAUAAUCCCACCAAACCAUUCCAGCAGACGUUCAUGAUUACAGCCCAGGGGGAUAAGUGGAAGAUUGCGAGCGACUGCUUCCGGUUGCAGGAUGCUAUAUUUUAAGAUUAUGACGCUGAUGGAUAAUAUAUGGAUUCUUCUGAGU